ACUACCCAUACAAAUAUCCACAGCAACGACAACAUUGUCAACAACAAUUCAACUUUCUCUCCCUGCCAGCUGUUCUAUUCUCAUCAUUGUAUUCGAUAACAAAAACAUCUCGAGCAACAACAACAUCAAAUUUAAAAGCAACAUAUUCCAGCAAUUGUAGCAGCAACAACAACAAAAUGAUUUCUUCUCUACUAUUUUAUCUUGUUAUCAUCAUUUGUUUGCAUGAAAUCAAUUGUUUUCAAAGAUUCGCCGAACAGCCAAAGUAUAGUGAAGUGAAUCCAGGUCAGGACGCUUUAUUAACGUGUAAGGUAAUCGAUAAACGUGGCACAUGUUCAUGGCAAAAGGAUAAUAAGCCUGUUGGUAUUUAUGCCAAGAAAUAUGAAUGGGCAGCACGACCCUCUUCAUCGUCGUCGAAUGGCGGUGGCCUGCAUUUAGAUUUGCAUCCACCACCAAUGCAAAUUGGUGGAGAUUGUUCUUUGUGGAUACGCUCGGCCACAUUGGAUUUUGAUGAUGGCCUGUGGGAAUGUCAGGUGACGGCCAGUGAUUUUACAACACAGGAUGCUUUAACCAGUCAACCAGUACGCUUAGUUGUACGUGUGGCUCCCCAACGUCCCCGUUUGGAAUAUGAAGGUGCCCAUGUACCUCCCGGCCAUAAUAUUACUGUGGACUCGGGCUCUUUGGCCACCGUAAAAUGUGUCUCCCACUAUGGUAAUCCACCUGCCACACUUAAGUGGUUUCUUGGUGACCAAGAAAUUGAACCCAUUCAUCCGCAAACAAAUGCCACCGAACCAGAUAAUCCACGUACUUGGUCGGCCACCUCAGUGGUACAAUUGACAGCAAUGCGUGAGAGACAUGGUGAUAUUUUACGCUGUUUGGCUUAUCAUGAAUCGUAUACGGCUAAAACGGUGCCAGUGGAAGCCAGAUUAGAUGUUAAAUACGCACCAACAAUACGUCUAAUUGGCUCACCGGAAAUCGACUUGGAAGAGGAUAAAGAUGCACUGAUAUUACGCUGUGUGGCGGAUGCCAAUCCACCAGCGAGCAUUGUCUGGCGUCGAGCAGGACGUUCAGAAAUUGCCAGUCUACAGGAAACUCUACAAUUACGCCCAGUUGGCCGACGUGAUGCUGGUCUUUAUACCUGUCAAGCUCAAAACUCUGUAGGCACCUCGGAGCAGCUAUCAGUGCAAUUGGAUGUUAAAUACCCCCCUAAAAUCCUCUCGGCUGGUCCCGAUCGCCUUACCACAGCUCCCUUAUUUAGUCCUGCGGCAUUUGAGUGCGUGGCCGAUGGUAAUCCUAUGCCUUCCUUUAAAUGGGUGCAACGCAUUUCCCAUGGCUCUAAAUAUGUGGAACGUGGCAAUGAGCCUCGUUUAGUGAUUGACAAUGUAACAUACGAUUAUCAGGGUGAAUAUGAAUGCCGGGCCACUAAUUAUAUUAAUGGACAGGAGAGAGUGGCCAUAUCGGAGCCGGUGUCUCUACAAGUAGUUGGCGCCCCUCAAGUCCUACGUUUACAUCCCUCUAUGCAUACGGUUUUGGUGAAAAGAGGAGAUCCAGCUUCCCUUACUUUAGUAGUGUGUGCCGAUCCUCGGCCUCAUCGUGUGGCCUGGGAAUGGGGUUCGCUAAGACUGGAUGCUGGCUCGGCAAUAGACCGUUUUCGUGCCGAUGAUUUACUACAAGAUACACGCGAGGAUUGUUACCUUUCCACAUUACACAUCCAUCAUACCAGUGAACAUGAUGCACGUCCUUAUUAUUUGGUGGUGGAAAAUGAACGUGGCACCGAUCGUCAUGCCAUUCAAUUGAAUGUGGAGGGUACGUUUACAGAACCUCUGGAGAUGAGUUAUUUAUUGGGCAUUGCUGGCGGCUGUUUGGCUGCUUUAUUUAUAUUAAUUUGUCUGUGCAUUUAUGCGAUACGUAUUAAGAAAUGCUGCUUUAAAGGUAGUGGCGGUUAUAAAUCAUCAGAUAAAGACAGUGAAAAGGCCGAUCUAAAAUCACGCUCAGAUAGUACUAGCGGUGGACCGCCCGGUGAUUCUAUCUAUACAACCCCAGCGGGUUUUCACCAUCAACAACAGCAACAGCAGCAACAACAACAGGCUCAGGCACAAGCCACCCAGCAACUGCAUCCACAUCAUCAGCAAUUGGCAGCAGCAGCUGCUGCUGCAGCUGUUGCCAACAAUCAUGGACAUCAUGGAUCACCCGAAGCAAUGAAGGUACGAAUGGCUGCAAUGAUAUUACAGCCACCCACUAGGGUCUAG